UCAUUACCAAAGUAGAUGAAACCCAAUGCACGCGUCGGCCUUGCCUUGGGAUCUAAGCUUCUCCGUCCAUGCAGGAAGCUCCUCCUCGUCUUCCGGCUCAAGAAGAAGCUCACCAUAAGAAGGGCGCGAGGGUCCUCGCCACGCUACACGACAACAGCGUCGGGGCGAGCCUCCCCGCUCAAAAGGCUCCUACCCGUCUCCGCCUUCGUUUCGGUCGUCCGAUCCCUGAAGAAGAAGAUGAGCGCGAGGGGCAGGCUCGGAGAGGGCAAGGCCCCGGGCGGCAGCAAGAUCGGGAAGGUGCUCUCCGGGUCGGCUACUUCGUAUUCCGGACGCGAGAGGCUGCUGUUUCCCUCGCCGAUCACGCCGGCAGCGCCUUCAGCAAUCGGCAGCGCUCCCUCCAAGUCCUUGAAGAGGAGGGGCUGGGACAGCGACGGCGGCGUUGACGAAGUGGAGGAUGCGUGCAGGAGCUUCGAGAACUACUUGGUGGAAAUGAUGGUGGAAGAAGGGAAAGUGAGGGAUCUCAUGGACGUGGAGGAGCUCCUCCUCUGUUGGAAGAACCUCACGUGCCCGGUUUUCGUCGACUUGGUCUCUCGAUUCUACCGCGAGCUGUGCCGGGACUUGUUCGCCGCCGCCGACGACGAGGACGACCGUGUUGGUUACUAGCGAGGUUUCGUGGUUGCGGCGACGUCAAUAAGGUUGCGAUGCGAUUGUAAUAGAGUAGAGGGGAAACGAGGAAGUAUCAUUUCGUUUGUUGGUAAAACAAGAUCAAGAUGGUCGACACUAUAUGUCUAGCUGGAUCUGGCAUGAUAAAUACGGAUAGUGAUGAUCGCAGGAGAUCGCAGGGCUGGAGAUAUCGAAACCCGACGCAAAAUCAAUCGCUUAAAUUGCCGACCGAAGCUUGUCACGUCAUUUGAUAAACCAUCGAUCUAAAUAAGAAAAAUAAUUUGUUACUGUGGCGAUAUUGUUGAACCCGAUGUCGCCGGUGGUGCUUCAUUGAUGGGUCGCAUCGAUGGUGGCAUUACCUCAAGGUGUGGUGGGUAUGGAGCCAAAGGGGUUGCUGGUAGGGGAGAUUGGCAAUGAUCCGGCAUCGAUAGUGGUCACAUGCGCAGGAGGCGGUGGCCGGCUAUGGCGGAGGGUGGUGGCCGACUUAGACGGAGGGGUGCCUUUGGUGAGUUGGUUUAGUGGCCGAAAGCUAGGACUAUAGGGAUUUUUCUCGAAGGGCAUUUUAACAAAUUUCAUUUGCUAGAUGGGAUGUAAACUUACAUUCCCAAAAGUAGAGAAUGCAAUCUUAAUUGGUGAAAUUGAGAUUAACACAA